AAAUAUGUAACGAAAGAGCUGUAGAGCGGCAUACACUUUUUACUUAACGCCAGACGGCGUGAGUUGACGCGUGCCCUUUCGGCUACUUCACUGUGGACUGGCUGCCUUAAGUCCACUACAUUGGCGACGAGUCUAACAAGGGACUUUAGCGUAUUUGGAUUUCAUCUCGCCGCAUACAGAAUGCAAGGGUGGAGGUUGAUAAUGUCUAACAAAGCUGGAAGCAAUGCUCCCACUUAAGAACAUGUUCCUUUUUACCAUUGCUAUGACAAUUAUAGUGUUAUAUUUUGUAUGGAGCUCUCAAGGCAAGGAGUUUGGGAGACAUUAUGAUCAUCGAGAACAUGUAUUCCUGUGCCACAUGUCAUUUGAGGACAGCAGGAAUAAAAAUGUGGAUAGUAUACCCACAAUUUAUUUUAUUACACCCACAUAUCCAAGGAGGGAGCAAGCAGCAGAACUUACAAGGUUAGGGCAAACAUUGAUGCAUAUACCUAACCUGCAUUGGAUUGUUGCUGAUGAUAACAUGGUUUGCAGUGCAAUGAUAACAAAACUCUUGAAAAAAUUUGGUAUUCCUUUCACCCACAUUGCAAGCCCAAUGCCAGAGGUGUAUCGCAAAGCAGAUAUUGUUCCAAGAGGUGUAGCCAACAGACGAGCUGCACUCAGCUGGAUAAGAAAGCAUGUGAAGAAUGGUGUGAUAUAUUUUGGAGAUGAUGAUAAUACAUUUGAUUUAGAGCUCUUUGAAGAAAUUCGCGGUACGAAGCGAGUUUCAAUGUUCCCAGUUGGUCUCAUUGGUGACUAUGCAGUUAGUUCUCCUGUGUUAAGAAAGGGAAGAGUUAUAGGAUUUUUUGAUUCAUGGCCAUCCAAGAGAAAGUUUCCAGUGGACAUGGCUGGAUUUGCAGUGAAUGUUGAGUUUUUAUUGGAACAUCCAAAUGCAACCAUGCCAUACAAAGCUGGAUAUGAAGAGGACCACUUUCUUCGAAGUCUUCACUUAAAAUUGGAGGAUAUCGAACCAAAAGGAAACUCGUGCACUCAGGUUCUUGUGUGGCACACACAGACUACGAAGAAAUCCCGAUCUGUGAUAAAAAUUGGAAGCUAUCUUGAUACAAACUUGAAACUACUACUAGAGGAACUUCGUUAUCUUGGAAUGGGUGAUGUUAGUUCAACAAAAGGGGCAGCAGCCUACUUAACAAAGGAUGGGCACACACAGACGAUAUAACCAUUCCUAAUGUGUUUGCUAACUUUUGACACAUUAUCUGCACAAAGUUAUGACUGUAAUAACACUCUGUUGCAGUCGUAUAUCAUAAAUAGUGGCUCAGUCUAGAACUUGUCAUUUAAUGUAGUGGUAGACAAUAUUUAUGAUUAAAUAGGAUGACAUUCUCAUCGAUUGAAGUAUGGUACUGAAUUUGUACAAAUAUUAUUUAUUAAAAAGAAGUAGAUUUAUUCCAGUUUAGAUAUUUGAAAUGGGUGAUAAAUUAUGUAAUUAUAAGAUUUUUGAGAAUUCAGAAUAUUUCAUAUAUCUGAUUUUGAUCGUUUUUCUAGUCAUACAUUUCAGCGGCAAGGAGUUCUGAUAAAGAUAUUGUUCAUUGGUAGUCAUGCUUUUGCUGAGAGAUCUACCGACCUAUUUCAUAAGAAAAUAUAGUGAUUAACUAUAGCUGCAAUAUUAAACUUCACAAAGACAUUUGAGAUUAUAUAUUUUAAGUAGACUGUUAAGUUAAUUUAGCAUUUGGUGCAACUUUUAGCUUUCAUAGGCAUUUGGGGUACAAAAGAAAAAGAAAUAUAUUUCUGUGUGAGUCAAUUCAUACAACAUUUACAGUGGGAUGAUAAACAUAGAAAUCAGAAUUAAAGGAGUUAGCACGGAGUUUACAUCUGUCCUUGUAUUGCAUAAAUAUUAAGUUUAAUAGUUCCACACAAGAACAUAGAACAAAACGUCGGCAACACUAUCAGACAUCAUACCAGGAUUUAUCAUAACUGUCUAAGGGGAAACACAAUAUUUUUCAAUCAGGUAUGGAAUAUCAAAUAAAACAAUAGUAUUUUCUUUUUAAACAUUGUCUGAAAACAUGUCUCUGUUUGCAGUGCCUCACAAGUUCCUGCAUCUACUUAAUGUUGUAUGAUUAAAGCACAGUCAGGAUUUCUAUGUCCUUACACCAUUAAAUUAGGAUUAAACUAUUUAUUUAAAUGUACAUUUAGUUUUAUAGCUCUUAUUAUUGAAGCUUUAAUACUGUUUGCAAUACAGUUGGUUAUUGAUACACCCAGGACUUGGGAUUUGAAAGAGAUAACUACUUCACUUAGCUUUUAGGAAAAGCAUUUAGUCUUCAUUUUGAGGUUUAGAAAUAGGGUCUCAUUACCAUUCUGCAAGAAUGAAGAAACACAGAUUUGUAUUGUUUAUAAAUAAUGUAAUUUAAUAUCCUGACAAAGACAAGGUAAAACUUGUGUGGGAUGAUGUCUUAAUGGUAGGGAAACAAAACUAUCUUUCUAUGUUGAAUGCAAUAUCGUAUUUUGGCUGUGUUGAGAUGUAAGAUUUUAAAAAAAUUUUCAAUAAGCACAAGAUUAAUACCUCUUACUGCUAAAUUACUUUCUCAGACGUUGGUACAGUAUGGGCAUUGUAAUUGGCAGGGGAUGUUAGAAGUGAAUUUGAGUGAUUCUGCCUAUCCCUUCACUCUCAGAAUAUCCCUUUUUAUUGCGAUUGUCAAGGACGUUAAACCCAAAUCUUAAUUCCUUGUGGUUUGACAAAGAGAAAGUAACAUUCAGAAUAUAAUGAAAUUGACAUAUCAUUUUGUGUAUUUCCAGUGUGGUUUGGUGUCUAAAACUUCAUUAGUCUAUGAUUAAAGCCUUUCAGUAGUCCUGGGGUGUUUUUUCACCUUUGCUUCUUUCACCUCCUGCAGUGCAAAGAGAAAGUAACAUUCAGAAUAUAAUGAAAUUGACAUAUCAUUUUGUGUAUUUCCAGUGUGGUUUGGUGUCUAAAACUUCAUUAGUGUAUGAUUAAAGCCUUUCAGUAGUCCUGGGGUGUUUUUUCACCUUUGCUUCUUUCACCUCCUGCAGUGAUUUGGAAGUAUGAAAAAUACCAAGUUGCUCUAUGGUUUGGAAUCCACUUUAAACUGUACGACCCCUAUAGCUGACUAAGUCUGUUCAAAGGUCAGAGAAAGGCAAGAGCUUAGCACCUCCAAUAGCACCAUGCCCAGUGUGAAGUACUAUGAUUUUGAAAUCACAUUUACAUUUUUCAAACUACAAGUUCAGCUCAGAAUUCUUGCUACAAAGCAACUUGUCAUUUGUUGUAAGGUAACAUACUGAGCGCUUUUAUUUCCUUUAGUUAAUUUUGAUUUAUCUUUGGCUCACAUCUGUUGCUGAUUUAUGUCAGCAUCAUUACAACAAAGUAAGUUUAAACAGUAGUAUUUUUCAAGUACGUGAUAGGAUUUAAUUUGACUGUCUAGGAUGUGCAUAAUGUCAUCUGUAUUAACUGUAAAUCUUCUGCUGUUUCACAGUUAACAUAUUUUAAAUUUUUUUUAUUUCAUGCUCACACUGUACUAUUACUGUCUGCCAUAUUAUUUGUCAUGUAGUAUUAGGUUGCUGAAAUUUUAAAUUGUGUCUUCCAUAUUUGACUUCAUUUUCUGUAAGUUUGAACCAUUUGUACAAAUUAUGCAGUUUUCAAGCUCUUAUGUAUAUACUGUUUUUCAUACCAGCUUUAUGCUUGUUAAAUUAUAAUUUUUAUUUACUGUAGCUUACAUUUCAUUUUCUUAUAUUUAUUGAUAACAUAAUUCAUAUUCUGUUAUUGCUAAUAGUAAUACUUGUACUAUUGGAAGCAACAGGAUUUGUUUCAUUAUUACACAAUAAAUUGCUAAGAUGUAAUUGUGAAAAUGAACGGCUGCACAAACAUUUCUUAACAUAUGAGCUGAAAUAACUGAAAUAAUAGCCAGAGGACAGAGAAAAUACUAACUACUCUUGAUAACAUAAAGGGGAUGUCAGUAUUUUAUCAACAUAUUCAGAGUGUUUUCUGAAUAGCAUUAAAUCAUCAUGUAGCUGAAGACUUUUACUGUGAAUAGUAAAAUGUUCACCACAGUUUUGUAUAAAUGUUUCUAUUUUGAAUGUUGAAAAGUUUCCCAGGUAAUUAUACAUAUUGAUGUCACAUAUCGACAGUUAAUAUCAAGUUACUGAAUUCAGGAUAAUGUAAAAAGAGUAGCAGCCACUAUGUAAGUUUGUAAUCAGUGUUUGCAAUUUAUUGCCUGUAUGAAGUGGGAAAUUAAACUUCAUGUUGAAAAUUUUCCCCAAGAAAUUAUACAUAUUGAUGUUACAUAUACAUUCUUAACACCUGGUUAUUGAAUUCAGGAUCUGUUAAAAAUAGUUGCCUCAGUGUUUGAAAAUUAUUGCAUACAUUACUUUCCCAUGUUAAGUGUUGAACAUUGACUAUAUUUAAUCACAUUAGUGGAGUAGGGGCAAUAACAGCUGUGAUAAAUCCAAAACUUUUAACGUUGAUCUUUUUUUUUGUACUAAGUAUUUUUCAGCUAAUGGAGUUGGUACAUUGUUGUAGGUUUAAUAUAUUCACAAUGCUCACAAUUACUUUUAUGGAUACUGUCUUGUAAAAAGAAAUGUGUAGUGAAAAAAUAUUUAUAUGGAAAAGUUAAGGAAAUUGUUUGCAGUAUCAUUGUUCACGAUAUACUGUGUAUUAACAAUAUAAACUGUAUUUUGGCACAUGUUUGUGGCACAAAUCCCCUUCAGCCUCAAGUUCCUUCGUUAAAUGAAAAGACACAAAGCAGUUCAUUAAAAUGAUGGUACUGAUAGCAUUAAAGCUUUAAUUAUUAUGAGAAUUGUUUCUUAUUUUACAUGGUUUAGUGAAAAUGUGUGCAACAAUAGAUGGGACAAACACAGCAGUAAUUGAGAUAAUCAUUAAUGAGAAUCUACAUGUAAAUUUUAUGUACUGCUUAUGGUGAAAUAUGGAAAUAAUAUUCCAUUGCUAUUUGCCUUAAAAAGUGCCAUUCAAUUUGUGUGUGCCAUAAUGGUUCUUCAGUCUUCAAAAUGUGUGUUUAAGGCUGUGUGGAGUUGGAGGUUAAUUGAAAAAUAUUGUAGCAAUGCAUUCUUGUAAAUUUUUUAUGUAAAUGAGAGUUACGAAAUAUUUAUUUACUUGUAACUAUUGCUCACAUGCAAUAUAUUUGCAAAGUAGUAAACACUACAACCAUUUGUUAAAAUGUUAUAAUUCCACAUUGACAA